AUGAGGACUGUCGCAUUUUCCUUUCUUAUAGCCAUACUAUCUAUAGUUGUCUUUAGGGAACGAGUUAUCGAUCUAACCUCGACGACUUUCAAUUCCGUGUUAGAGACUUUCAAGACCUACGACGGCAGCAGUAGAAGUAGCAGUAGCGCCGUGACUAACAGCGAUACGGUAACUACCAAAUCGACCACCGCCGAAUCUGAAUCCGAAGCCCCUUUUUAUAACCCGUCCGAGAAACUCGUCGCAACUGAAAUGUCUGUCCCGCGCGCAAUCCGCAAGGUAUUCCUGGCGGUCGAACAGGCCGAAGGAGCUGGAGCCAGGGUUAGGAGAAGCGUAGGAACGCCGCAAUUACGAAACUUCUCGCCCUUCCUAAUGCUAGACCACUUCAGCAUCAAACCCGGCGCAGGCUUCCCAGACCACCCACAUCGCGGGCAGGAGACCAUUACGUAUCUAUUAACGGGCGGUGUCGACCACGAGGAUUUCGCCGGUCACGCUGGUACCAUCGAGGCCGGUGACUUGCAGUUCAUGACAGCGGGUCGUGGCAUUAUGCACGCCGAGAUGCCGCGCCAGAACCCGGACGGUAGCGCAAACGUCGGCCUGCAAUUAUGGGUUGACCUGCCCGCCCACCUCAAAGCCUGUGAGCCUCGAUACCGCGAUUUGAAAAAAGACGAGAUUCCAAGCGCCGAAUUAGACGACGGGAAGAUUCGCAUCAAGGUUAUCUCAGGACAAGCUGGUGGUGUUGAAAGCCUCAAAGAAUUAGCUUACACCCCGGUUUGGCUGCUCGACGUAGAAAUGCAACCAGGUAGCAAGUUGGCUCAACCUCUCCCGAAGGGCUGGAAUGCCUUCUCGUACCAGCUAGAGGGAUCCGCCGUGUUCGGCUCCGGCGACAAGAAGCAGACGGUCGCGCAAUACCACAACUGUGUAUUCGAGCCGGAUGGCGACGUGGUGAAUGUCGAGGUACCCGAGAGCGCAAAGGAAAACGCGCGUUUCGUCAUAGUUGCCGGCCAGAUCCUAAACCAGAAAGUGGUCCAGUACGGCCCCUUCGUGGCAAACUCCCCCGAAGAUGUGCGACAGGCGCUGAUAGAUUACCAAUUCCACAUGAACGGUUUUGAGAGAGCCAAAGAUUGGCAGAGCGAGAUCGGAAAGACAAUGGUUGGUUGA